AUGCAUUUACUCAAGAAUCUAUGCAUUUUCAAUGCCUUGCUCAUGGGACUGGGCCACACCUUGAGCACUGGGUCGAUGCAAUGGCAAAACGACAGUGCUCAUGCCGGGGGCUUUCAACAUCCCGGUGCCUUACACACGGCCGCAGAUAUCGCAAGGGUCAAGCAGCGUGUCGCAGCUGGAGACCAGCCAUGGGCCAGAGCAUACGCGCACCUCGCCAAUAACACUCUGGCGCAGACGACCUGGGUCCCGAAACCUCACGCGGUCUUGACCCGUGGGUCCAAUGCCACCUUCAGUCCGAACCAGACCUACGCGGAUGCUUACCGCGAUGCGCAUGCCGCCUACCAGCUCACUUGGCGCUAUCUAGUCACUGGCAACACCUCAUUCGCGGACCACGCAGCCCUGAUUCUCGAUAGCUGGUCCUCGACGCUGCAGACCAUCAAUGGAACAGAAGAUCUCUAUCUGGCCGCUGGCCUGUACGGCUAUCAGUUCGCCAAUGCAGCCGAGCUCCUGCGUGUCUAUCCGGGCUGGCCUCAAGCAAAUCAGACAGCUUUUGGAAACAUGCUCAAUGACAUCUUUGCCGUGUUCAACCGGGAUUUCCUCUUGAACCACAACAACAAGCAGAAUUUUUAUUACGCCAAUUGGGACCUUUGCAAUAUUGCUUCACUCUUGUCCAUUGGCAUCUACAACGAUAACCAGACAAUGUUCGAUUAUGCCGUCGAUUACUUCAAGAAUGGCCUGCCCGGUGGCGUGGUAGCCAAUGGAGCACUUCCGUUUUAUUCCAUUGCAAACUUCACCGAGGAAGGUUCCGAUAAAAUACUGAUGCAAGGCCAAGAGUCUGGCCGAGAUCAGGGCCAUGCUGGGCUGUCAACCGUAUUGACUGGAGUUGUAGCACAGCUGGGUUUCAAUCAGGGUGUUGAUCUGUUUGAUGUUUUUGGUCGCGAAGUCCUGCACGGUGCCGAAUACUUCAGCAAGUAUAACGUCGGGUAUGAUGUGCCAUAUACCUCAUACAUUAGCUGGGAGGGCAACUUGAGCGUUGUAGCCGAGAAACAACGUUAUGCUGUCAGGCCAGGAAUGGAGCUUAUCCAUUCGCAUUACGCAGAACUCAAAGGGCUGAAUGCAUCUUGGUCGCAGGAAUUUCGAGACUAUGUCAACCGAAACAUCACGGCCAAUGUUGAAGGAGGAGGUGGCGAUUUUGGUCCAAACUCUGGUGGAUUUGAUGCAUUCGGACAUGGCACGCUUCUGUACCGUCUAACACCAGAGUCUUAA